AUGCCAGCCGGCGACGAAACACCUACGAGUGCUGCGACGAUUCUUCAACAACGAUUGGCCGCACUUCGAUCCUCAAAUUCUUCUUCGUGCGUUAGUUCAUUGGGGAGGGGCCGGUGAGGUGUAAACAACUUUGUUAACCAACGCCCUCCACUCCCCCACCCCAUUGUCGAUGUUGCCCCACAUCCUCGUCGCGGCUUCAGAUCAUCGUCGGUUCCUUCGGGGACUUCAUCGACCAUCAAGACUGCGGAGGGUCUAGCGAAGAACGACGACGACGACGAAGAUGAGAACCUCUCUCAACUGCUCGCUUCUUUGGAUGUACCCGACGACACUGGCGACGACGACUCGGAUGACGACACCGACCUCCUCAACGACUCCGGAAUCGACGUGCCUAUCCAAGUCAAGAACGUUGAUGAACAAGUCAAUACUAUCCACAAACGUUACUUCAUCCUCUCAAAAGAAUGCUCACUGACACUCGAUCUUUCCUGAAUAGGUCACGCACUACCUAACGACCGCCUCGCAACUCCCCAGUACGGCUUCCCUCCCUCCUUUAUCCUCCUCAACCUCGCAAAGGAAACUCGAAGCUACAUUGGGGUCCUACGAAAAUCUAGCACCAAAGUUUGUCGCCCCUAUCGAAGUAUCGUUCUUCACUCCUCCUUCGACGAACCUAUCUGGACCCUCGGGAGGGAUAAGAGGCGAUGAGGAGGAAGAGGCAUUGAUGGCUAGGUUAAGGGAUGAGUUGUCUGUUGAGAAAGCCGUACAGAGUCGUGAGGGGAACGUGGAGGAUGGUUGGGAAAGAAGGUUGAGCAAGAUGAAGGAGUUUAGACCGAUCACGGAUCCGGAGAAGGAGAGAGAGUAUUUGGAGAGGGCCAAAGGGUUGGGGGAGGGGCCGGGCUUGGAAGGGGUUGAGGAGCUGCAGAGGAGGAAAAGUAGGGAGAAGAAAGGGAGGCGGAAGGGAGGGAGUGGGAGUGAGGAGGAUACGGAUAGCGAGGAGGAUACGGAAAGUGAGAGUGACGAGGAAUGA